CCUCUGUCACAGCCAGUGUGGGAAGCCAGCACUACCCAUUUACACGCCCGCGGGGCUGGGGAUAGUGGAUCGUUACAGGUAUGGCAUUGGUAGCCAGAUGCUAAGGGGAUGUGUGAUGUGAAGGGUCCACCUUCAGGUGAAGAAUGCACCGCUACACCGCUGCAUUGGCUACACCGGGGACGGCUGGUGGAGGAGGGAGGUAAGGAUGACCGAUUCAAGCAAGGGAAGAGCCCUGCUUUACUGGAUAGCUGUCGGGGAAAUGACCGCAGCUCCUGCGGUAACCGUGCUGGGCAUGGAGGCUUUGCAGACACACGACGCAGCCCUGAAUAGCAGCAGUAGCGACAACAGCUCGUCUCUCCCCCUGCUGGAUACUGCGGACCGAGCUCUGCACGAUGCGGACACCAUCUCUCGGUACAUUGGGCUCUUCUUCAUGCUCCUCCUGGAUCUGGUAGCGGUGACCGGGAAUGUGGCCGUGGCCGCCGUCAUCCUCAAAACGCCCAAACUCCGGAAAUUUCUGUUCGUGGUGCACCUGUGCAUUAUAGACGUCUUAGCUGCCAUUACGCUCAUGCCUUUGGGGAUUGUGGCGAGCACUGGGCGAGUGGCGUUCGGAGAUUCUCUGUGCCAAGCAUAUGUCUCCUUGGAGGUCUGCUUCAGCAGCGCAUCCAUCCUCACAGUGUCUGCCAUAAACAUAGAACGCUAUUACUAUAUAGUGCAUCCCAUGAGGUAUGAAGUGAAGAUGACCCUGGGUCUGGCCAUCUCUGUCAUGGUUUUUAUAUGGGUUCAGUCAUCCUUGACAUCGACCGUGCCAUUCUUCACGCCACAAGUAGAUGGCAUUGAGCCCAACACUAGCAGUCUUGUCAAUGACACACGCUGCUCAUUACAGAGGAAUGCAGGGAAUUACAAGAAAGUGUUCGUGACGUUUUUUGUUACAGUGUAUUUUGUGAUUCCUCUCCUAAUCAUACUGACUGUCUACUGCAACGUCUUCAAAGUAGCAAGGAUUGCAGCUCUGCAGCAUGGACCACUACCAUCCUGGGCAGCUAGCCCUCGGCAACGGACCAACUCGGAUGGCAGUCAGGCAAACAUUAUGGCAGGGAACAGAUCUCAUAGGGUGUCGCCAGAGAGGACAAUCGGUGGAGCAAAAGCAGCUUUCACACUCAUGAUAAUUGGGGGUCAAUUUGUCAUGUGUUGGCUGCCUUAUUUUAUUUUCCAUGUGCAGAAUGCUUUGGAAUCCAGUCCAUCCAAGGCAUCAGACAAGUGGGAGAAUAUAGUAAGAUGGUUUGCAUACACAUCCUUUACUGUUAACCCAUUCUUUUAUGGCUGUCUAAACAGGCAAAUCAGAGCAGAACUCACCAGGAUACCCAAAUGUUUUCUGAAACAGUCCUUGGAUGAACAACUGGGCCUCUCAAGUCAAGAAGGCUCAGUUGAGGAGAACUUUCUCCAGUUUCUCCAAAGAACUGGCUGUGUGGUGGACCGAAGGAACAGCUUUCCUAUUUCUACUGGCACUAGACUGCUUGUUAAUCAAAGUACCCUGAGUUUCAGAAUGCCAGGUCAAAUCUUGGAGGAAACUCCAGAGCUACUGGAAAAGGAGUACACAGUGGGGUUUAGAAGUAUUCAAACACAUACUGAGCAAGAUAACUAUUUAGGAGUAACAAAGUGAUAUUUUAUUUCUUUCUCUGAAGACAUUGUUGGACAUAUGUUUGUGGUGACACAUUGACAGUACAAAAUAUAUGCUCCUAUCUCUUGAAAAACAUUUUUAUCUUUUGUUUACAUUGUUGUUUUUCUUCAUCUAAUUGGAGAAUGGAACAUAUUUACUAAUGAACUUCCCCGAGAGCUUAAAAGACUGGAAGAUUUCAAUAGAUGAGAAAAUAUGUAGAAAAA